ACAGGGUGAGGUGGAGGGACGCUGCUCUGCUGCAGAGUAUUCACAACAGCCAGGGCAGGGAGGGGGGCAGAGCUGAAUGGGGCAGGUAACGGGGCAAUAAACAGAUCAGGGGAGCAGAAUCUACCAAUCAGAACGAGAAGGGCCUGGAGCUACUACCCCAGAAAUGGACACCGAAUCCAAUUACUCCGGAUAUUCCUUUCACUCGCGACUCGGACACCAGAGAGAGAAAAGUCGGGACGGUCAGAAAUCGGUCACCAUCCAGACCCCGGCCGGGGAGCCUCUGCUGAGCGGCAGCUCCAAGCAACGAGAGGACGAGGAGGAUGGACAGGAUGAUAACUGGGCUGAGACCACCACAGCGGUGACUUCAGAACACAGCGCGUCACUGCAGGAUCUGGCCCAGACUGGUGGUCCGGGAGAGCCCGAGGGGGCCGGUCCGACCGCAAGGACUCUUCUGGGGUUCUACGCGUUCUGCCUCCUGGCCGCGCUCGCUCUCCUCACACCCCCCGCGUUUAUUACUCUCCCGCUGAUCUUGUGGGGGUCAGAGCUGGAGCACUGCGGGGUCUCCUGCGAGGGGCUUUAUAUCUCAGUGGCCUUCAAGCUGCUGCUCCUGGCCGUGGGGUCCUGGGCAGUUUUCCUCCGUCGGCCCCGAAGCUCUCUGCCCCGAAUGGUGGAGUUCCGCGCUGUUCUCCUCCUGCUGCUCUUCCUGCUCCUUGCGUCCUAUUGGCUGUUUUAUGGGGUGCGGGUGCUCGGCCAGCGGGAGAGGAACCUGCUCGGGGUGGUGCAGUACACCGCCUCCCUGGUGGACGCCCUGAUCUUUAUCCAUUACCUGGCGGUAAUUCUGCUCGAGCUCCGGCAGCUGCAGCCGGUCUUCGCCCUCAAGGUGAUCCGGGCCGGUGAUGGAGAGGCCAGGUUCUACAGUCUGGGGAAGCUCAGUGUCCAGAGGGCCGCCCUGUUUGUUCUGAAGAAUUACUACAAGGAUUUUCCCAUCUUUAACCCCUCAUAUGCUGCAGCAAAGAAGCUCACAAAGCAGCCCCAGCACUCCAAAGUCUACAGCGUGGAUGGUCCAGACAACAGCACAGUCAGCAAAUCUCAAGCGCUCGUCGCCUCCUCGUCCGGCUACAAGGAGUACAAGGAGCGCUACUAUGAAGAGGCAGAGCAUGCGCGAAAGGUCCGGAAGCGCAAAGCCAGGCUGGUGAUUUCAGUACAUGAAGCGUUCUGCCAGUUGCAGCGCCUUGGAGAACAGGGCAAUGAAGGGAAGAGCCGGCACGAGCUGCAGCCCAGGGAGGCCGCGCAGAGCAUAUUCCCUCUGAUUGCGCAGAGUCUGCAGCGAUACCUGCGCACAACACGCCAAGCCCACCUGUACAGCAUGGAAUCCAUCAUACAGCACCUAACCAUGUGCCUGACACACAACAUGUCUCCACAGGCCUUUCUGGAGCAGUAUCUAAAGCCUGGCCCAGCCAUUCAGUACCAGACAGUCCCCACUGGGCUCUGGACACUGGUCAGUGAGGAACCAGUAACGCGCCCCAUUCGCCCUAAUCUGACCUUCUGCCUCCAGUCGUCAGACUCUACCCUGGUCGUCAGCGUAACUGAGAUCCCCAGCCUCAGGCUCAGUGAGACGUUCAUCCCCCCGAACUCCCACCGUUUCACUGUAAGAACGAAGGCAGACAUUAACCUGUGAGCCUCGAAAACAAGCUACGGAUGGAGGAGCCUCAGAGACCUAAAGCAGUCUCUCCACCUAGGAUCCGCUGAUCCUAAUCCUCACAGUGCCUCUACCUGAGAUCCCUCGAUCCCAAUGCUGACAGCGCCUCUACCUGUGAUCACCAGAUCCCAAUGCUGACAGCGCCUCUACCUGUGAUCACCUGAUCCUAAUCCUCACAGUGCCUCUACCUGUGAUCACCAGAUCCCAAUGCUGACACCGCCUCUACCUGUGAUCACCAGAUCCCAAUGCUGAC